AUGCAUUUGCUAAUAUUUCUUUUACUUAUUGUUGCAUGUUGGUGUGAUAUACAAGUACACGUAGAUCAAAAAGGAGAAUACAAAAUUAAUAUUGGUGAUCGUGUAUGGCUUCGUUCAUCUCAUACAUCUAUCUAUGCAGACAACAAAUGGUAUUCCACAGAUGAUGAUUCUCUAUCAUUAACAAAUAUAUCUUCUGCACAAGAUUAUGAUCCUAUUUUAGGUAAUUGGACUGAAACUCAAUUAAAUUAUGAACUUGUUCGCAAUGGAAUACCUACUAAAAUAGUGGGUCGUAUACGUCAAUGGUGUGCAUUUUCAGGAAUUACAUUUCAUUUGGAUACUAGUGAUCAAAUGAUGACAACCACAGUUCCUCUUGGCAUGGAUCAGGUUCGUACUAUAUUUCCAUCGUUUAAUAUUGAACAAAUUGAUCAAAAUGAUCAACGAGGUUAUUUUACAUUUGAAGGAGAAAUGAGUGGCGAUGAUGAAAAGCAUGCUGGUUGGUGGAAUGCAUCAAACAAAGUCAUUAAAUCAGGAAUGAAAGGCGGUCCAGUUGUUCUUUUCAACUUUACUCAACGAGGAGAAAAUGACAUAUUAGUUCUGUCACCGUUUUCUCGAUUUAUGGCUACUUCAUUAAGUCAAACAAAUAACAUAUUAGAAUAUGGAGUUAUAGGUUCUAUGUUAACAAUACCGGCAAAUUAUAAUCAUUCAAUGAUUGUCUUCUAUUCAUCAAAAGGUAUUAAUGAAGGUAUAAGAGAAUGGGGUCAAACUAUGAGAAAAGCAUAUAAUCGAACACUUCAAAAUCGUUACAAUGAUGUUACUAUUAAUUAUCUUGGUUAUUACACUGACAACGGUGGAUAUUAUUAUUACAAUACAGAGCAAGAAAUAAAUUAUGAAGAAACAAUGGUCAAUGUUCGUCAUCAAAUUCCAUUACCAUUUCAUUAUAUUCAACUUGAUUCAUGGUGGUAUUACAAAGGUAUUAAAGAUGGUGUUUCCAAUUGGACAGCUCGUCCAGAUAUAUUUCCUGAUGGAUUACAGGUUCUUCAUCGUCGAUUAGAAAAUAUUCCUUUAGCAGCACAUAAUCGAUAUUGGGCAUAUGAUACUAUUUAUAAACAAAAUUAUUCUUUUGCUCUUGAUGAAAGUACUGGUAAAGCAUUACCAAUUAGUAAUGAUUCAUUUUGGAUUGAUUUAUUUACUCAAGCACAUGAUUGGGGUCUCGUCCUGUAUGAACAAGAUUGGCUUGAUCGUCAAACGAUAGAUUUUUUACCUACACGUACUGAUAUUCAUCUUGGACAUCAAUGGUUAAUGUCAAUGGGUGAAGCAGGCGAAAAAACCGGCAUCAAUAUACAAUAUUGUAUGAGUUUACCUCGGCAUAUUCUCACUGCUUUACAAAUUCCACGUGUGACACAUGCACGAGUAUCAACUGAUUAUGCUUUUCAUCUUGAAAGUCGAACUGCACCACAAUGGGCUAUUGGCAUAUCCAGUAUGUUUGCGAAUGCAAUUGGUUUAGCACCAUUUAAAGAUGUUUUCUGGUCGAAUACAUGGGAGCCAGAUGCUCCUUAUAAAGAUGGACCUCGUGAAAUACUUCCAGAACGUGAAAUAUUGAUUGCUACUCUUUCUACAGGACCUGUUGGGCCUGGUGAUGGAAUUAAUUAUACAAAUGUUGAAAAUAUCAUGCGAUGUUGUCGUCAAGAUGGUUUGAUUUUAAAACCAGAUCAACCAUUGACAAUGAUCAAUGCAUUAGUAUCUGAUUGGGCUUUUUAUAAUGGUGUUUCACAAGGUGAAGUUUAUUCAACACGAACAUCAAUAACUGGUCAAACCUUCCAUAUAAUCUUUGCAUCAGCUAUGAAACAAGAUUAUUCAAUUUAUCCAUCAAUGAUAGGAGGUCAAUCUGGAAUGCUUUGGUCAUAUGAUGAUACAACUACAAUAUUACCUUUCUCUGAUACUAAUCCUCUCAAUAUUUCACAUUGUAGAUGUAGUGUUGCAUCCAUGUGUCUUUGGUAUGUAUCACCUCUCAUCGAAUUGGGUGAUUCAGAAAUAUAUUAUGCACUUCUUGGCGAACAAAAUAAAUGGACAGCUAUUAGUCAACAACGAAUUAUAUCAAUAGCCAAUCAACCACAAAACAAAAUAGCAAUUAUAAGAAUUCAAGGUGCACCUGGUGAAACAGUUUUAAUGGGAUUUUAUCACAGUGAUUUAAAAUUCAUCACUAUAGGCUGCCGUAUACCGCCUGAUAUUGAUCAAAUUGAAAUAAUUAUUUCAGUAGCAGAUGUUAUAUGCAAUUAA